GCCGCUUCGCGGUUGCUCCCCAACGUCCGGCAGCCCCUCGGCGGCCGCGAGGGCAGCGCGCGGGCUGCGCCGGGCCCGGCCGCCCCGCCCCCUCCGCCCGCCCCACCUGCCUGCCGCCGGCUCGCCCGGAGCAGGUCCUCGCCGUCCGUCGCGCGCUCCGCCCUCACCCUCCGCCCCCGGAGCUCUCCGCGCUCGGCCUCCCGCGCCGGGCGGGCUCCGCCCGAGGCUCCGGGGCCCAUGGCCAAGCGGCGUGCGGCCGAGCCGCUGACGUUCCACGUGCCUUGGAAGCGGCUCCUGCUCUGCGACUUUCCCGAGGAGCCGCCGCCGCCGCCGCUCUGGAUCCCGCCGCCGGGGGCCUCGCAUCCCGGGCAGCCCGUCGGCGUCCCGGAACUGCCCCGAAAGCGCAAAAUCGACGCGGGGGCUAUGACUGAGCCUUCAGCUUCGCCCAGCAAGCGCCGCGACGGCGGGGACACCAGCGUUCCGGGCGGCGCGGAGCGUGUGGGCCGAGGCCUGGAGACGGGCGAGCCGCCGCCACCGCCGCUGCUGCAGCCUCCUGUGCGGCCCCGCGGGCCGGGGGAGGAGCCCCGGAGCGCCCGGCCCCCGAGGGGCGGUGGCGACGACGGGGCGGGGCGCACGGAGCCCCCACUGGGAGACUGGGGGGCCGCACCGCGCCAGCUCAAUGAAGAAUUUUGGCAGUAUAACACCUUCCAGUACUGGAGGAAUCCUCUUCCGCCUAUCGAUCUGGCAGACAUCGCAGAUGUCAGUGAACACGGCCCGACAGAAGCAAGGCUUCAGGGCAAGAAUGACGUGGUUGAGAUCGACAUGGAGUCCUGACAGAAGGGGCUGAGGAAGAGGUUCUUCCUCAAUCGAGGAGACCUCUCUCAAGUGAAUUUCCAUAUUCUUAAGGAGAAAAGUUAUUUUCCAUACUUGAUGUGAUACCAUUCCCAAACCUGGAAAAUGAGGAAAAGUUGUUUUAAAGAUACAUGCCUGUAGUCACUACUGAAACUCCCAGAAGGGAUUUGACAAGGAUAUAGUGCAGUUAGAGGGGAAGUAUUUUAUAUAUGUACUCGUCAAGAAAAACUUCUGUUUAGAUUCUAAAUUUGAAAAUACCGAUCUUCUAAAAAAGAAUUCUGACAGUUUUCGAAACAGGUGGGAAACACUCAAAUGUUCCUCUUCUCUGUACCAAAAAGUUAAUUUGUGGUACAUGAAAUGAAUCUUGUUUUAUAACUGUUAUUAAUAAAAUGCUUUCUAGUACACCCAGUUGACUCUUCUUAGUUGAACAAAUAGCUGACUUAAACAACUAUGCAAACUUGAAAUGUGGGAGGAACUCUUAAAGGUGGUAUAGUUUUAAAAGACCUUUUUAAAUGUGAAGUGUAAGGUCAUGAGAAUUUCACUUUGGGUAGCAUGUUUGCAUAGCUUCUAGUAUCUGAUAUUUGUUUAACUCUACUCUGGGGAAUCAAAAAUGGAUAGGGAACAAUGAGAAGUGAGGAGGCUUUUCCCUCCCCCUUUUCCCCAGGAUAAGAGGAAAGAAAUUUAAUUGUAUUUCUUAAUUUCCUGAUUUUUGAAUUGCUUUGAGGGCAUGGUUUUCAUGGCUUAUUCCUUCAGACCUAUAGUUCUCAACACUGACAACACUCCAGACAUCUUUGCCCGAGUCGCACUCGAGAGAUUCCCAUUUAAUUGUCUGAGACGGGCCUUGAGUAGAGCUAUUUUUUUAAGCAUCCGUCCUCCUUUCCCCCCAGUCCUAAUGUGCCAGCAGCUUUGAGAACCACUAGGCUCAUGGUAGGUUUUCCUGUUUAAAGGAGAUAACUAAUUUGAGAUGAAACAGCACCUCCUAAUUAGCUUUGUUUUUAUUUCACUCUUACAUCGAUGGAUUUGUUAUAAGUAAGUUAUUGUGUUGUUAAUACUAUUUCAUUGUUAAAAAAAAUAAAGCAGUUUGUGUUUGAGUUGAGUAUCAGUGAUUAAGUUAAUUAAUUUGUACGACAUCCAGAAUGUUGGCUUUGAAAUCGAGUAACUCAUCCUUGUAUUAUUUUUUUGUUGUUGUUAACGACAGUAGAUCCCGAAUUCAGAAAGGAUGAUAAAUACCAGUGAGAGAGAACAACCAACGUUUUGUGUAUACUGUCGGAUUUAAGUCUGAGUUGACAUUCAUAAGAGUAGCCUAGAACAGAAGACACGUACUGUGGUUAAAAGUUAAGGCUUUGGAGUCAGACCUAGCUCAACGGCUUGUACUGCCACUUUCUACCUGUGUAACUAACAUUAAGCAAGUUAUUUUUCAUCGCCAAGCCCUAGGUUCCUUAAUUGUGAAUCCACAUAUGUACAAUAAAUAGCAUCUACCUCAAAGAGGCCAUGUU